GCCACAUGAAGCGAACAGCAUAGACUCUACAUAGAGGAGCAACCGAGCAAUAAACAGAUCGGCUAUAAGUAGUUCAACUGUCCGGUAAACCGGCAGAUACACGUUGUUUGUGGAUAUUAUUUAAUCAAGAGUGACUGAAAAGGAUGGACUGCUGAUACUUUUUACUCUGUAUAUAUACUGGAUCGAUCAGCUUCACUAUGUCAGCUGACGGGGAACUUAACACCGACGGCGCUGACGACAACAAAUUGGUCCGACCGAAGGUAGAGUUCGGUACUUUACUGCAACAUGCAGGAGCUACUAAAGAUGUUUUCACCAUGAAGGAGGUGAUGUUCUACCUCGGUCAGUACAUCAUCCAGAAGCAGCUGUACGACCAGAAGCAGCAGCACAUCGUCCACUGCUCCCAGGAUGCACUGGGGAGGGUGCUGGGAGUCGACAGCUUCUCUGUUAAGGAGCCACGAGUUCUGUUUGCUAUGAUCACCAAGAACCUGGUGGCUGUGAAGAGCCAAGAGUCAUCGCCAAGCUUGAGUGAAACACACAGUAACAGCCAGACAGAUAGAGGGACGGAGGAUGCAGAUUCAGAAAGUCGCUCUUCAUCGCCGGAUAGGAGGAGAACGCGAAGGAGAAGGAGGAGGAGCUGCCGGAGCAGUGACCCAGGCCCCUCCCACAGUGUAGAGAACGACGAAGAUGAGGAGGAGUCAGAAGAGGGAGAGGAAGGAGAGGGAAGGAAGAGGAGAAGGUCAGACAGCUACUCCCUGACCUUUGACGAGAGCCUGUCCUGGUGUGUGAUUGGUGGACUGGGAAGUGGGCGGGACAGACACAGCAGCCAAUCAUCCGACUCACACAGCACAUCUGGGAGGUCAGAGGUCACGAUUGCACCCUCAGACUCAGACAGCGACAACUUCAGCGUCGAAUUUGAGGUGGAGUCCAUCGCGUCUGACGACUACAACGAAGACGAUGCCUCUCUGUCCGCAGAUGACCAGGUAAACACCAAAGUAUACGAGGUCACCAUCUUUGAGGAAGAGGAUGAGGACUCCUUUGACGAAGACACAGAGAUCACUGAGGCUGACUACUGGAGGUGUGUCAAGUGUGACGAGCUGAACCCCCCCCUCCCCAGAAAUUGUCUCCGCUGUUGGACGCUGCGUCACGAUUGGCUGCCCGAGGAUAUAACGAAGUCGGCCUGCUCCAGCCCUAAAGCCCUGCCCCCAAAGCCAACCGACCAAUCAGCAGCCACAGAAGCUUCAGGUUCCGACAACGAGGAGAACGAAGGAGUCGACGUUCCAGACGGGAAAAGAGCAAGAACUCCUCUCCUCUCGCAGUGCCUGUCUGACUCGGCGCUCUCCGUUCCCGACUCCACCUCCUCCGCUCCCAACUCCCAGGAUCUCCUGUCAUCCUCGCAGCCUUCCUCCUCCUCCUUCUCCCAGCAGAAGCUCUGGACUCCCGACUCCCAGCCCUCCUCCUCCUCCAUCGACUCCCAGGAGCUUCUCCCGUCUUCCCCGACCGAUCCGCCUCCCCCCGCGGUCCCCGAGCUGGAGCGCAGCGUGUCGGCGGAGUGGCGGCUGCCGGACUCGUGCCUGGACCCCUGUCUCAUCUGUCAGUCCCGGCCGAAGAACGGCUGCAUCGUCCACGGACGGACCGGACACCUCAUGUCCUGCUACGUCUGUGCGAGGAAGCUGAAGAAGAGGAACAAGCUGUGUCCGGUCUGCAGGCUGCCUAUCCAGUCUGUCGUCCUCACCUACCUCAGCUGAGACACCCCGUCUGUCCUCACCCUCCACCUGUCCUCACCUACCUCAGCUGAGUUCACUAAACUUAACAAUAACCAUAGAACUACGUUGAAUUAUCACCAAAUAAAAGUUCAGUGUCGUGUCAAGUCUCAGUCUCUCUCUGUGGGAAGCUGGUAAGGCUCGACAUUAGUCUCUAUUCUGUCAACAAACUCCCGAAAAGACCAAAACCAACAAUGUUAGUGGUAGUUUUUUAAGCAGGGCUGCAACUAACCAUCAUUUUAAUCAUCACUUAAUUUACCUAAUUCAUCUUUUUGUCUAUAAUCGUUAAAUAUAAGAGCACAAGGUGAAGUCCUACAGUGAUAUAAAACAGACAAGCAGCAAAACGUUGUGUAUAUGAGAAGCUGCAGUUACUAAAUGUUCAGCAUUUUGGCUUUAAAAAGUAAAACAGGAGGAGAAUGUGUUUUUUUUUUUCGGGGACUAUUUUCAGCGGCGGAUGAAUCCACAUUUGGUGUUCUGGUGAUAUUUGGUGCAGCGGGACAGUGAACGUGCGAUUGAGUCACAAUAAACUACGUGGUGUGUUAAUGCUAAUGAAGGAACAUGUCACCCAGGAAUAGUUUUUGGACCACAAUGGAUAUAUCUGAUGGUUGGUUUUGGUCUUUUUUUUAAUGGGAUUUGUUGAUUUAAAGGUAAAAUAUUACCUUUUAUCAUUAUAUUUUUAAUUAUGCUUAAACCUCAAAACCAUUAAAUUAGUUUUCAUUCCAAAAACAGACAAUCUGCCCUCAACUUCACGAUGAAAUCUUCCUGUUUUCCAUCCUACCCAGAGUCAGAAGAGAUGAGAAAUAUCUCUUUAUCAAACACAACAGAUGCUUAAUGACUGGAAGCAGAGGGAAACUGCAAGCUCCAUUUUAUAAGCGUGCAAUUAUAACUUUUUGAUCAUUUCUGCCAUUUUCUCAUCUACAUUUGGGUUUAAAAAAAAACAUAUCAGGACUCGCCAAAAUGUCGGAUUGUUCCUUUUUAACUUUUAAGUCUUGUCCUAUCAUCUGGUAACGCUGUAAAGUAGUGGCGUUUUAUUUCAUGGGUCUAUAAUUUCUUACGACAUUUCCUGGAAAGGAUUCUGUAAUUUUAUACGAAAUUAUAUGAAAAAAAAAAAAGUAAAUGUCCAGCAAAAUUUCAAAAAAAGAGAUGAAUUUAUUUGAAUUAUUUAUUUCUAAGCAUAGCAAUUAAACACUUUUUUUUUUUCUCCUUUUAUAAUGAGUAACAGAUGACAUAGUUCUUUCCAGGAGUGUUUUUGUACAUUAAGAAAUUAUUAAAAAGAAUUAUGGACCCAUGAAAUAAAGCUUUACCCUUUUUAUAUUUUACAGGUUGUAAUUUCCAAAUCACUUAAAGUUGUGCUGAAAGAAGCAUGUCAUUUGGUAUUAUUUAUAGUAACUGCAUUGAGAGAGAGAAACACAUUAAUUUAUUAUUAGACAAUGUAUUUUGUAUGCUAGCCCUGCUGUGCACUGACUACAACAUUCGCCAGGUUAAACGAGCAAUCAAUUAUCUCUCGUCCAUAUAAUUAAUACCAAAUGACAUUCUUUCCAGGAAACUUUUAAAGAGUUGGAAAUGAAUAAACCGAAGUGUUACCUGAACAUCUUUUAUUAUUUAUUAUAAGUUUAUUUAAGAUGCUCAAGUUUAUUUAAGCGGACACUUUUCUGGGAGCUCUUUAAAUAAUAAGAUGGAUAUAUAAGAUAUAUCUAAUUUCUGAUAUUUCCUGUUUGCAAUUGUCUGUGAAUUAGCAGUAAUAAAAAAAUAACUUCUGUUAA